UUGUAGUAUAUCCGUCAGGUAGAUUUAACUCUCAGCGCAUUUCACAAUAGUUAGACAGCCUGAAAAAUCAGAAUCAACUAUGCCACAAAAUAAUGCACACGGGAGUGACAUGGAUUCAGAGGUUUCCUCAAGGAAGAAGAAUGGCUUUUUUGGCGAUGAAGACAGCAAUAAAACUUUCAUGAAAAUUACAGGGAUUAUUGCAGCAUUUGCUGUUGUUGUUCUUAUUGUAAUUCUUCCUGUUUAUUUUAAAGUGAUCGAACCAAACAAUAUUAUAACAGUUCCUCCGCCUACGACGGAACCUUUGGACAACGAAAAAUUUAACUGUCUACCAGGAGUUGAUGACCCAAGCCUAGAACUGUGUAUAGAAAGAGGUUGCUUUUGGUCGGACAGCACAGAACCCGGUGUUCCCAGUUGUUACUUUGGUCGGUCUAGCUUCUAUGGGCUAAGUGGAGAUACUGUUGGCAGUGAUGAUACUGGAUUCACAAGCGAGUUAAAACUAAGUGAUCCAAACGCCGGAAAAUUUUAUGGAAAACAAUAUACCGAUAUUGUGGCCUCUUCAAUGUUUAUAUCAGAUACAUCUUUGCGAAUCAAGAUAUAUCCAAAAGAUAUUGAAAGAUACGAAGUACCUUUGGAACAUCCUGCUCAAGAAACAAUAAGUUCUCCGCUUUACAAAGUCGAACAUUCUGACGACGGUGAAAACUUUGGAGUAAAAGUAACAAGAGUCGCCACGGGGAAAAUACUCUUUGAUACAUCGCUCGGUCAAAUGAUGUUUGCUGAACAGUUUCUACAAAUUUCAACUAAAGUUGCCUCCGAAUAUAUUUAUGGGUUUGGUGAACACAUGCACGAAACAUUAAAGCAUGAUAUGAAUUGGAUAACCUAUGGGAUGUUCACGUUUGAUCAAAACGUCAAGCCCGAUUUCAACUUAUACGGAGUGCAGACAUAUUUCACUUGUAUGGAAGGGGAUGGAAAUGCAUAUGGAGUACUAUUUGUCAAUAGUAAUGCUAUGGAAGUUGAGCUCCAGCCGACACCUGCCAUAACAUAUCGUACUGUGGGAGGAAUUUUAGACUUCUACAUUUUCUUUGGCCCGUCACCAGAAGAAGUCAACCAACAGUAUAUGAGAAUGAUUGGGAUGCCGUAUUUCCCACCUUAUUGGUCAUUGGGAUUCCAGCUAUGCAGAUGGGGUUACAAUAGUUUGGAGAACUUAACUACAGUGGUGGACCGUAAUCUUAAAUCUGGAAUACCUUACGAUGUCCAAUACAGUGAUAUUGACUACAUGGAACGUCAGUUGGAUUUUACAAUUGAUAAUGAAACGUACAACGGAAUUACAGACUUUGUUUUGAAUUUGAAAUCGGAAUACAAAAUGAGAUAUAUUAUUAUCAUAGAUCCUGCCAUCAGCGGGAAUGAGACUGAACCCUACCCAACAUUUGAUAAUGGUGUUCGGGAUGAUGUCUUCAUUAAAUAUCCCAAUGGCGAAAUUGCAUGGGGUAAAGUUUGGCCCGAUCUGCCAGGAAUUUAUGUCAACAAGUCGAAAGACAAAGACUAUCAAGUUGAGAACUAUCGAGCACAUACUGCAUACCCAGACUUUUUUCAUCCGAACACAUCAAAGUGGUGGAAGCAGUUAAUUGUUGAUUUUCGUGAUAAAAUAGAAUUUGACGGAUUAUGGAUAGAUAUGAAUGAGCCGACUUCGUUUACAAAUGGACGUCCAGAAGGAAACUGUCCUGAGAGCAUUCACGACAAUCCACCAUAUCUUCCAAAUCUGGCUGGAGAUACUAUUUACGAUCUUUCGAUUUGUAUGCAAACAAUUCAAUAUCAUCCAGUUACGAAGAAGUACACUGAACACUACAAUUUACACAGUCUUUACGGCUGGAGUGAAACCUUACCUACUCUUGAAGCAUGCAGAGAUUCUACGGGGGAACGAUGCAUCGUACUCACAAGAGCGACUUAUCCUGGUGCUGGAAAAUAUUCCGGGCAUUGGCUUGGAGACAACAUAAGCGUAUGGAGUCAUCUUCAGGCAUCUAUAAUAGGAAUGAUUGAGUUCACUCUAUUCGGAUUUCCAUACAACGGUGCAGACGUUUGCGGAUUUUUUCAGGACACGAAUGAGCAGUUAUGUCUACGGUGGAUGCAACUUGGUGCUUUUUAUCCGUUUUAUAGAAACCACAAUAUACAAGACACUAUUGAUCAAGACCCAGCAGUAUUUGGUACAGAAUUUAUUGAAAAUAUAAAGCCAGCAAUGGAGACAAGAUACGCACUUCUUCCGUAUUUAUAUACGUUGUUUUACCACGCACAUACAACUGGAUCAACAGUGGUCAGAGCUCUCAUGCAUCAGUUUCCCACAGACAUCAAAACAUAUACUAUCGACCGUCAAUUUUUAUGGGGGUCUGCUCUCCUGAUAACAGCGGUUGUGGAAGAGGAUGCGACUGCGGUGACCGGUUAUUUUCCAAGUGCAAGAUGGUAUAAUUAUUACAGUGGGGAAGAAGUAGAGAACACCGGCCAAGAUGUCGAUCUUCCUACGGCUAUAAAUGAAAUAAAUGUUCACGUUUUAGGCGGAUAUAUUCUACCGACUCAACAACCGGGUAAUAAUACAUAUUACAGUCGACAGAAUCCUAUGGGAUUGGUUGUAGCACUAGACGAAGUAUACAAAGCAACAGGAGAUUUGUUCUGGGAUGAUGGAAACUCUAUUGAUACAAUUGAAAAUGGAGAAUAUGCUUUGAUGAAGUUCAAUUGUGAAGCGUCCACAUUGUACAUCAAUAUUACAAAACAAGCACCAACCAAACUCGAUAUUUCUUCGCUUUACUUUGAAAACAUUUCCAUCUAUGGAGUUCAAGAAAACACCAUAAACAACGUGGUUGUAGGUGAAAGCAUCCGGGCUGAAUCAGGAAGCGGAACUGAUGGUCUUGAGUGGGAGUUGAGCGGUUCAGCUUUGAUGAUAACUAAACUAAAUUUGGCAUUUGGUGAAGAACACACCAGUAACGAGGAAGAACCGAAGCCCGCGGAAUCAACUAUUAUUAUAACGGUCACUCCUCCGACUACACCAAGACCGUGGAUAUACGAAAGUGAGAGAGUGGAUUGUUCUCCAGAUAAGAACAUUACAAAAGCAGAAUGUGAAGGUCGCGGGUGUGUAUAUUCAGAUGGUAGUCCAUCGGUGCCGACGUGUUUCUUCUCCGGGCCGCGAUUGUAUUCAAAAGAUGGAGAUACCAUUUAUCCCAAUGAAGAAAGGUAUGAAGUUCCGAUGGAGCAUCCAACAGGAAUCAGUAAACGAUUGACAGCUUUAUAUUCAGUUCAACAUUCAAACAAAACUGAUGAACCGGGUGUAAAAAUAAUACGGAAAUUAAAUUCUAGUACAGUACAAUAUGAAUUGGAAAACUUAUGGAAUGUUUUCAAGAGACAAAGGGGUAGAGCCUGGUUUCAAUUUGUACGGAGUACAACCGUACUUUCUAUGCAUGGAAGAAAAUGGAAACGCGUAUGGCGUUUUCUUCGUCAACAGCAAUGCGAUGGAUGUACGCUACAGCCAACCCCAGCUAUCACUUAUCGGACCACGGGAGGGAUUUUUGACUUUUACAUUUUUCUUGGACCAACACCAGAACAAGUUACUCAGCAGUACACUGAAAUUAUAGGAAGGCCGUUUCUUCCUCCGUAUUGGUCCCUAGGGUUUCAGUUGUGCAGAUGGGAGUAUGGUUCGCUGGAGAAUUUGACAAAAGUCGUUGAACGCAACUUAGCAGCUGGGAUACCAUACGAAGUGCAAUAUAGCGACAUUGAUUACAUGGAAAGACAAUUAGAUUUUACAAUUGAUAACGAUACAUAUUAUGGACUUGAAGAUUUUGUCAGCAAUUUAAAAGAGGAGCAUAAAAUGAGAUAUAUCAUUAUUCUCGACCCAGCAAUAAGUGGAAAUGAAACAACGUCUUACCCAGCAUUUGACAACGGCAUCAGAGAUAAUAUUUUCAUAAAAACCCCUAAUGGCAAUUUGGCAUGGGGUAAAGUUUGGCCAGACUUGCCAGGAAUUGAUGUCGAUCCUUCUCAAGACUGGGAUUAUAAAACAGAACAUUACAGAUCUCACACGGCAUAUCCAGACUUUUUUCAUCCAAAUACCUCUAAAUGGUGGACAGAUUUAAUUGUUGAUUUUUACGGCAGGAUUAAAUUCGAUAGAUUAUGGAUUGACAUGAACGAGCCGGCAUCUUUUACGGACGGAUCGCCAAAUGGAUGUCCAGAAACGAGUAAAUUUGAUAACCCGCCAUAUUCACCAAAACUUGUGAGCGACAAAUUGUACGAAAAAACAAUAUGUAUGAAUAACAUGCAAUAUCAUCAUAUAACAAAUGUACCAACUGAACAUUACAAUCUACAUAGUUUGUACGGACACAGCGAAUGUCAACCGACUCUAGAAGCAUGCAGGAAAUCUACAGGAGAACGGUGCCUAGUUUUAACAAGAUCUACAUAUCCUGGGAGUGGAAAAUAUGCUGGACAUUGGUUAGGUGACAAUACAAGCAAAUGGAGUCAUUUGGGUGCUUCCAUUAUAGGAAUGCAAGAAUAUAGUUUAUUUGGAGUCCCGUACGUUGGUGCGGAUGUUUGUGGAUUUUUUGAAGACACAGAAUACGAACUCUGCAUUCGAUGGAUGCAACUUGGUGCUUUUUAUCCAUUUUAUAGAAAUCAUAACGUAGAGAAAACAAAGGACCAAGAUCCGGCUGUCUUUGGACCAGAUUUCGUUUCCGCUGUUAAACCAGCCAUGUUGACACGACAACGACUUUUGCCGUAUUUAUACACUUUGUUUUACGAUGCUCACGUGACUGGAAGUACAGUUGUGCGACCUUUAAUGAAUGUAUUCCCUGAUGAUCCUAACACAUACACAACACCAUACAUUACCACCCAAUUUAUGUGGGGAAGUGGACUCAUGAUAAUGCCAGUUUUGGAAGAGAAUUGGCGGCAUGUGAACGCUUAUAUGCCAGCAAAUGCGCGAUGGUAUGACUUUUAUAGUGGAAAAGAACUUGGAGCUACGGGAGCUGUUGGCACUUUUGGAGCGCCACUUAACCAUAUAGUUGUUUACGUUAACGGUGGAAACAUAAUUCCUACUCAAGAACCAUCAACUACGACGUAUCACAGUCGCCAAAACGCGUUCGGGCUGAUUGUUGCACCUGAUAACAAUGGAAAAGCGGAAGGAAAAUUAUUUUGGGAUGAUGGUGUAUCAAUCGACACCAUUACAAACAUGGAAUACACGGAGAUAAGCUUUUCAUUGGAAAUGAAUACUUUAAUCAGCAAAGUAACACAUUCUUACAAUCAUGCUGAGAACUUAACGUUGGGGAUUAUAAACAUUUUUGGUGUCAACGAUAUUGUAACAACAGUUAAACUUGACGGAAUUGAUAUAGAUUUCACCUAUGAUAAUGACACAAAUCAGAUUGUGUUGGCGAGGCCUAAUAGUCUGACGUGCAAUAGGAGAGGUUGCAUUUGGGACCCUUCAGUCACAUCUCCUGAUGUAGUUCCAAGCUGUUUUUAUGCGUUGAAUGAUAAAGAAGAAUUGCCGUCUUACAAGUCAACAUCGCUGCAAACAGGAGAUGGAAUAACGAAUUAUACCUUAACAAGGAAUAACAAAGCUCAACAAAUAUACGGGGAACCAUCAGAGGAACUCAAGUUGAGCAUUGAAUAUCAGACUUCAAAUAGACUUCAUUUUAAGAUUUCAGAUUCAUCGGAGGAAUUAUUUGAAAUUCCAAGCGAAAUCUUUCACAUGGCAAACGCAAUAUCGUCAAAUGAAACCGAAGCUUUAUAUCAAGUUCUCGUCACAGAAGAACCUUUCAGUUUAAAAAUAUUGCGAAAAUCAACUGGGAAAAUUAUAUUCGACACAUCUGUUGGACCUCUUGUCUUUGAAAAUAAAUAUUUAGAAAUAUCAACAACUUUAUCUUCCGACAACGUAUUCGGAUUUGGAGAACAUAAUCACAAACGUUACAGGUAA